AUGUCCAAAGAACCAAGAGAGUCAAGCAGGCAUCGUCAGCCGCAUAGAAGGGACUCUUUGACAUCCGUUCUCUCGUGGGCAGGGUUACAGCCAAGAUCCAGCCCUACCAAGACAUCCACAACAUCUUCCUCUUCCGACUCAUCACCACCAUCACCAUCUCACCAUGGCCUGUCAAGAGGUCGCAGGCACAGCUCCAGUCCUGAUGACAAAAAGAAGGCACGUAGACGCUCAAUGGCUUUACGGAGAUUCUCUAUAUCAGUCCCCGGUGCUGGCGCCGUCGACGAAGACAGUCUCAACAAGACCAAGCUUAAAAAGACCCCUUCCUGGACGCUGGACCAUAAGGCAUCGGAAUCUUCUUCCAGGACGACCACCAAGGCCGCAUCAACAGACGCCGUCAACAAGACCACUGCAUCCGCAUCAACCAUCUCAGACCAGGGCACAGCAGAAGCCAAAGAGAAAGCUUCUAACGGGGAUUAUUCCGAAGAAAAAGCUAGCAAGGAGGGGUCCCAAGGUCCAACCCAACAACUUCCGUUGCCUCCCCCGCCAAAGCCCAAGUCAAUCCUCCGAGUCGCCAGUCCAGAUGGACGGAAACCACCACCACGCAAGAUCCCUUGCUUUUCGACCACGCUCCCAGAGUUUGACCCCAGGAAGCCCACAGCAGACCACGCCUGUCUCGUGCCUUUACCGGAAUCCAGCGUAACUUCCGUCACCGGGUCAUUAUCUUCAUCACAGUCCUCAAUCUGCAGGCCUGAAAAGCAUGGAACCGGCGCCACCGUUCGCUUCGCCACGGCAACGGUGCACAGAGUUGAAGUCGGACCCGGACGACGGUUCCUCCCGGUAAGGCGCAGGAGCAAGAGCACAAUCACCUACAUUUCCCGCUUCGACGACGAAAACUCCCUCAAGAAGAACCUCACCAGCCCGACAAAACAGCGAAGACAUCGGGCGAACCAAGCAGCAAUGGGGCGGUACUGGCAGAGAACCGAGGAAGAGGAGGCUAGAGAACGAGAGGAGGCGCGGCAACGAGCAGAGCAAGAAGCCGAGCAGUAUCGCGCCGAGCCCUCCAGUCCGCCUGAUCCGGAUCUUAUCAGCAAAGAUGGCAACACUACACCAUCCAGCCUGGAAUCAGCGGAUACAAAUGACAAGCUAGAGGAGAUAUACGUGGAUGACGAGAAGCCGGAAUCUGAUAGCCCGCGGAGAGCGAAAAGGGAUGCAUCUCCGGCCUCAUAUAGGUCUUCAAGCCUCAACCUGGCAUUGCCUGCGCCCGAGCCCGACACAGGGUUCCCGUCUGACGACUUCAGUUUGGAAGAAGAGCUGGAAGCGCAGCAGGAGAAUUACAAGACAGGGCCAGUACACAUUGACAUCAAGAUUGAAGCAGCAGACGCCGGUGAUUGGCCGUUGGCUGAGCGCGGAUCUGAACAGAGUCACCAGGAAGUCACGACACUGCUCGAGAUCAGGACACCGAGGGGAAUCAUCUUGUCACCAAUUGCGGAGGAGUUUGCCAUUGAUGAUGAAGAGGAAGAGGAAGAGAGCGAAAGUGACAGCGACAGCGACAGCGAAAGCGCCAAUGAUAGCGAUAACGAGCCUCUGGAAACCACCAUGACUACCGACGCGUACCAGGAACCCGAAGAGGAACACACGCCUACCAUGCCGCCAACACCACCAAGGCAGUCGACCGCUUUACUCUUGUCCGAAGAAGACCAACAAACCACCAUCCAAGAAGAUUCCACGGACGGCACUCCACCCUCAAACCUACUUUCCCCCGACCAGCCCACCUCCGAAAACCAAAACUGGUCCAGCCCCCGACUCCGCCCAGCCGUUUCUUCCAAGCGCCACCACACCCACGCCCACGCCCACGGGAAACACGGCGUUCCCUCACCACCAGCUAGCCCGCCCCUUAUGCCGACCAAGCCAGCAACAGCAACCGCUAAAAGACAGCCAUCACCCAAAAUCCCCGCCUUCGCCAUCCCGAUCAUGAUCCCCAAAAUCACCAUUGGCGAGAGAACGGAUGAUAACCAGGGACAUCAUAAGCGGUCUUCGAGCUGGGGACAUAGACGAUCAUUCUCUUCGUCCUCGUCGUCUUCUUCUUCUGACAAGAGGAGUGGAUCCCCUAUGGCGAAGGGCAGUAGUAGUGAUAGGGAGUCUUCACCUGGGGGGAAAUUGAAUAGGCUGCAUUUAUCGGGGAGGAGGAGGAAGAGCAGUGGGAGUAGGAGUGAGAGUCAUCAUGGCCAUGGCCAUGCUCAUGGGGGGCAUAAGACUUCUACUUCUAUUGCUGUGUGA